GUUUCACCUCGACUUCAACCUGGCCUCCGGCCUCUCUCUCUUCCUCCUCUCCUUUCACUUCUGGAUCAGUGAUCAUCGCUCGCUGAUUCGUGGACUCUGUGGGUGUCACAGGGAAAGGAAGCAGUCUUGAGCGAUCGGCUUCACGGCGUCAUGUUGCGCUCCACGCUCGGUGGCCUCGUGGCCUUUGCCGGUGCGCUCGUCGUCAGCCUUGCGAUACCGGCCGUCGAAGCCUAUCAAGUAGAGAUCACCGAUGCAGAUCCCCUUCGGCAGUCGUGCAGUGGCAUGUGGAGUGGGAAAGAUACUGGCAUAGAGUUGUCGUUCGAUGUCUCCUCGGCUGGCACCGUCUCGACACUCUUCUACGAGUACAGCGACUUCGACAAAGUGGGAAAGGAGUCAAAGGAUCGAGAUGUUCUUGGCUUUCCAGUCAAGACCUACAUCUGCACCUCGCACGCCGUAGGGCAGGGUAUAUGCACCCAAGAUCAACUGGGCACCUUCAUAAUCGCCGAUGGCACAAACGGCACGAGCAUCGUGACCGAGAGAAUCAACCUGGGCGGCGGUAGCGGUCGGGCCGAUGGAGCAAUUACUAGAUACAAUGUGACAAAGGCCGGGUACUACUGCAUUGGUGCGACCGCGGUACCCAUGACAACGCAACCUCCCGGCAGCGGCGACUUCCACUCGCACUUUGUGGGCCGCAUCAAGUUCAUCAACGCCUUUGAGGGUGACCUCCCGGCUACCGAGUAUCCCAAACUGCAGUUCUACUUUGCCCUCACCACCGUCUACAUGCUUCUUGGUGGCUGCUGGCUAUACCUCUGCGUCCGACAUCGAGACGAACUCCUCAUGGUCCAACACUUUGUCUCUGCCACCAUCGUCCUGCUCAUCCUGGGCUGCUCGGCGCAAUGGGGCUACUACGCCUACCUCAACAAACACACCAUGGACUACUGGCGCAUCUCCUCGCUGGAUCAUGUGGCCUCGGUCACUGCAAGUGCUAGAACGCUUUUGGUGCUGACGAGCAUCCUCGACGCAGCGCGCAACUCGACGUCUCUCUUCCUCCUUCUCAUCGUCUCGAUGGGCUAUGGUGUCGUCCGUCCCACCAUCGGCUCCGUCAUGACGCGUGUGCGCAUCUUGACGGCCGUCCACUUCGUCUGCGGUGUCCUCUACUCGGUCGGCAUCGUCCUCAUCGUCACAGAGCAGGGCGGUGGCUGGAUCUUUGUCUUCAUCUUCCCCCUCGCCUUCACGCUGACGGCGUUCAUGAUGUGGACGCUGCACUCGCUCAAUGCCACCAUCGAAUACCUCAAGGCCCGAAAGCAGACUUUCAAGAGACAAAUGUUCUCGCAGCUCUAUCGGAUCCUCCUUGGCGCAGUCGUUGCCAUCUUUGCCUUUUUCGUCCUCACGUCGAUUGCCUUUUCCCAAUCGGGCGGCGAGUCGUUCAGUCCUUCGACGUGGCCCUAUCGCUGGUUCCUCCUUGAUGGCUGGAUGGGCAUCCUUUACCUCGUCGUCUUCAGUCUCAUUGCUUGGCUCUGGAGGCCGACUGGCCAGAACCUCAGGCUGUCCAUGUCCGACGAAUUGGCGCAGGACGAGGGGCUCGACGGUGAGGACUACGAAAUCGACGAGUUCGGGACCCAGCAGGGUCCCGGUGGGGACUUUGACGAGGAAGAGGGCGGUGCAGCGGGACCUGGGUCCAAGGCUGGCAGCGGGCAAGGCACGGCGAGAAAUAACCAGGCGGCGCUGGCGAGGAGCCCGAGCGUGGCGACGACGGAGGCCGAUGCCGAGGAAGUCGUGUUCCAGAUUGGCGACGAGGAGGACGCAGAGACGCCCAAGAGGACGAGAGGCGCGGGCCCGGACCACCCGGGUUCAGAGAGUGAGAGGGAGGGGCUCAUGAGCCGGGACGAGGAAAACGAGAGCAGGGAGACGCUUGUGCCGAGUCGCACUGAGAAGCGGGCGGACUGAGGCGAUCGCGCUGCUCGAAAAAGAGUAAAGUGACGAAGAGAGAAAGAAGAGGGAGGGAGUUGCCCCUGCACAAAUAGGCGCAAGCCAAAGACUUUGUGAAGAGAUGCAUUGUUUUCUGCUAUACAACAAUACAGUAUUGCGGAUUGGGAGAGAGUGAGCACGAAAGAGAGGUGAUUGUCUAAGAUGCUGUAGGCGAUCCUGAUGAUGAUGAU